AUGUCUGUGGUGGGGUAUCAUAAAGGAGAGGUGUGUCCAUCACACCGCUUUCAACCAAUCCCGCCCGGCAACCAGGGCCCUCUCAUCAAGAUCCUCGCGCUUCCCGAAGCGACAAGUGUGCUGGAAGCACCACACGCUCCAGGUUCGAUGAGAUGA